AUGAUACAAGGUCCUUUCGCGCAAAUUGUCGCGGCUGGGAGUAAGCCGAUAUCUGAUCAACCUCACGUGUCCCUGACGCGCGAUGUGGCUCAAACAUAUCCCCUCGACAGCUACCUCACAACAAUCAAUGAACUUCUUUCACCGCAGACCCCGGAUAUGAUCCUGGGAGAGUGCAACCAGCCCCUAGAAUUACAAAGGACGUUCAAAACCCGCCUGCCCAAUGUCUCUGCGGAGACGGAGGAGUAUUUGAGUCUCAAAGGAGCAUUGAGGAUUGUUCCUAUUGAGCUUCGAAAUCAACUGAUUGGUGGGUACAUCAAAUAUGUGCACCCACUACUUCCCAUCAUCGACCUGCAAAAGUUCCUGUCGGAUGUCAUGAUUGAGGAUGAGUCGCAGUUUUCGAGCCCACUUCUUCACCAGUCAGUGAUGCUAGCGGGCAGUGCAUUCAUUGAACAAGAUGAUGCCAUAAAAGCCGGAUUUUCAUCACGCAAAGCCCUACGCAGGACACUAUUCGGCCGUGCGAAACAGAUUCUGUAUGAGUUCGAAACCGAGCCCGACGCAUACAUACAAAUCCAAGCGUUGUUACUGAUGAUGCAAUGGCAUGGAAGUGGAACAGGCCACAAAGAUCCGACAUACUGGUUCGAUCUUGCAUAUUCAACAGCAGAGCGUGUGGGCCUGCUCAAGAGUCUCGAGCCAGGGAGCUUUUCUCACAAGCAUAGAAUAUGGUGGUGUCUUUACGUACGAGAUCGCAUCCUUUCCCUCGGCUUUCGCCGCCCACUUCGCAUUUCCAACGGAGAUGUCACGAUGUCACUGCUAGACUCCACCAAGUACUAUUCAUCUGAACCCUAUCACGACCUCAUUCUGGCCAUGCUUGGUGAAUCAUCCGCUAUGCUCACCUGGGAGAAUCAAGAAAGGAUGAUGUUGUUGUUCAUCCAAGAGAUCAAAUUAGUCCAUUGCGUCGGACUUAUUGUAGAGCACUUCUACCAAGACGUUUGGUCAAUCUCGCCAUCUGGGUGCUCGCAAUAUUCUCUCGUCCCAAGAUCAAAAGUAUCACAGGCGGCCAUGGUAGGAUGUGAGCAGCUCCUCAAGACCUGGAUACAGAGUCUCCCUGCUCCAGCACACUAUUUUCCACCAUCAUUAUUGCAGGAGUAUCACCCAGGCUCUCCGGAUAUCGUCCUCCUUGUUCAUCAAUCCUUCCUAUAUCUUCUUCAUCUCACUACAAUGUCGAUUCUCUGUCAAGUCGCGCCGGAUGAGGCAGAUGGUCUCCGCACCUCCAUCAUGCCAGAUAUGGGUCAAUUAACAUCACGGGUUAUUGAGACUCUGCAUGAGCUUCACGACUGUAGUAUGCUUCAUCUUCUUCCUGGAAGCACAGUCACCAUCCUGUUGAUCAUUCUUGAGGCAAGCUUGCCGGGCCUCAAGGUCUCCGACAACAUCGUGCGUAUGCAGGCGAUGUCUAACCUGUAUGGGUGCGAAGAAGCAGCCAGUCAUUUAUUACAAACAUAUCCGGCCGCUGAGAUUGUUCUUUCCCAGGCCCAGACUGCACGAGGGCAUCUUUUGGGGUUGAUAGCCACCUAG